AAAUUCAUUCAUUCAUUUUCCUCCAAACGCUGCGUUUCGAUCGUCUCUGAAUUCAAGGUACUGCUCCAAUCUCCAUUCCCAGUUCAAUCAAUCGACUUCUAGGUUAAAUACAAUUGUUUGGAUUGUGAGAAAAUACUUCCAGGAGUGCAAAAUCCCCCAAGAGCAGGCAAAAUGUCUCGAAGAGGGUUGAUGGAGCAGGAUUUGAGCAAGCUGGAUGUGACAACACUACAUCCGCUCUCGCCCGAAGUUAUUUCUCGUCAGGCUACUAUAAAUAUUGGCACAGUUGGGCAUGUGGCACAUGGGAAGUCCACAGUUGUAAAAGCCAUAUCUGGUGUUCAGACUGUUCGUUUUAAAAAUGAGCUGGAGCGAAAUAUUACUAUCAAACUUGGAUAUGCAAAUGCAAAGAUAUACAAAUGUGAAGAUGAACGGUGCCCUCGUCCCAUGUGCUACAAGGCCUAUGGAAGUGGAAAGGAAGAUAGUCCACUCUGUGAUGUGCCUGGUUUUGAAAACUGCAGGAUGAAGUUGCUGCGACAUGUAUCUUUUGUAGAUUGCCCGGGUCAUGAUAUUCUCAUGGCUACAAUGCUUAAUGGAGCAGCAAUUAUGGAUGGGGCAUUACUUCUUAUAGCUGCCAACGAAAGCUGUCCACAGCCGCAAACUGCUGAGCAUCUGGCUGCUGUUGAAAUAAUGCGUCUUCAGCAUAUUAUAAUCCUUCAAAAUAAAGUUGAUCUCAUUCAAGAAAAUGUAGCCAUCAACCAGCAUGAAGCAAUUCAGAAAUUUAUUCAGGGAACUGUUGCAGAUGGUGCACCUGUAGUACCAAUUUCUGCGCAACUGAAGUAUAAUAUUGAUGUUGUGUGUGAGUAUAUCGUGAAAAAGAUCCCCAUUCCAGAGAGGGACUUUACUUCACCACCAAAUAUGAUUGUUAUUCGGUCAUUUGAUGUCAACAAGCCUGGGUUUGAGGUUGAUGAGAUAAGAGGUGGUGUUGCUGGUGGAAGCAUUCUCAGGGGUGUUUUGAAAGUAAAUCAGUUUAUUGAGGUUCGUCCUGGAAUUGUUGUUAAAGAUGAGAACGGGAACAUCAAAUGCACACCAAUAUAUUCUAGGAUAGUCUCAUUGUAUGCUGAACAAAAUGAGCUGCAAUUUGCUGUUCCAGGAGGUCUCAUUGGAGUUGGUACAACCAUGGACCCCACUUUAACACGUGCUGAUCGACUGGUGGGGCAAGUUCUUGGGGAGGUUGGGUCACUCCCUGAUGUUUUUGUUGAACUAGAGGUAAAUUUCUUCCUUCUGAGACGGCUUAUUGGUGUAAGGGCUAAGGGCACAGAAAAGCAGGGAAAGGUUUCAAAACUAACUAAAGGGGAGAUCCUCAUGUUGAAUAUUGGGUCCAUGUCCACUGGUGCGCGUGUCCUUGCUGUUAGGAAUGAUUUGGCAAAGUUGCAACUGACAUCUCCUGUGUGCACCAGCAGAGGGGAGAAGAUUGCACUCAGUCGGAGAGUUGAGAAGCAUUGGCGUCUGAUUGGAUGGGGCCAAAUUCAAGCUGGAACCACUCUUGAUAUCCCAGCCAACCCCAUUUGAGUGAACUCAACCAACAAGUAAAACAGAAGCAGCAGAAAAGACAAGCAAUACAGCCCUUUCAUCACCUUUUUUCCUUUUUAAAGGUCUGUACCGGGGUGUUUGUUUUCCUUCCCGUGGUAUAUUAAAGGUCUAGUAAGAAGAAAUGUGGUCUUUUACAAUCGAAUGAUUCAAGAGUUUUCUUGAAAUUUUGACUAUAUGCAAGUUUUGUUGGUUUGUCAA